GUCUUCCUCUUUCCGCCGAACUAUAAAGAUGGCCUCUUCUGCCCCUUUCCGUACAUUCAUAAACCAUUGCAUCCCUCUAGGACAAAACCACUACCUAUAAACCACUACUAUUACUAUCUAUCUACUACUACUACCUCUUAUCACCUACAAUCACCAUCGUCGUCGAUUUCCAACUUCCCCUCAAAACCCCACCCGCUAUCCUACGUCACAGAUCCACAAUCUCCUUCCUUACCAGAACGCCAACCCCACUACUACGCUCUGAACCUCGCACUACAGUCACACUAAACACUCGCCAUCAUCCACCCAAAAUCCACUUCAUCACCACCCACUUGUGUCAUCCAGCCAGGCUCCCCCACCCCCUCAUACAUAUAUCAUCGACCUCGUUUCCCUUUUCCCCGGAUUCUCCAGAAAAGCAAAUAACACAUUCCACUUCUUCACACCCUGCUCUUUCGCAUGAGUGGAAUCGCAUGAUCAUACGCACCCCUGAACAUUAUCGUUUUUAUCAUACGCCAUAAACGGAACAAUGGAGAACUUAUCUAUCACCAACAACAUGGAGGAGAGCGAUAAGAAGAAGGCCGUCCACUUUGGAGCUGGAAAUAUCGGGAGAGGAUUCGUUGGCGAGUUCCUACACAACUCUGGAUAUGAGGUUGUCUUCGCGGAUGUGCAAGACUCCAUUAUCGACCUGCUAAACGCAAAGGACUCGUACGACGUCAUCCAAGUAGGAACCGAGGGCGAGCAGAGGUCCCAAGUAAGGAAUUACCGCGCCAUCAACUCCCGGAUCAACGAGGCCGCCCUGAUCAAGGAAAUCACUACCGCAGACGUAGUAACCUGCUCCGUCGGGCCCAACGUGCUCAAAUUCAUCGCCCCCGUCAUCGCCCAGGGAAUUGACCGCCGCGCCUCCGGUCUCCGCCCCCUUUCCGUGAUCGCCUGCGAGAACGCCAUCGGCGCCACCGACACCCUCGCCGAGUUCAUCAAGAAAGGCGUAUCCCCCUACCGCAUCCUCGACCUCGGCAACCGCGCGCGCUUCGCCAACUCGGCCAUCGACCGCAUCGUGCCCGCGCAAGACCCCAACGCGGGGCUCGACGUCAAACUCGAGAAGUUCUCGGAGUGGGUCGUGGACCGUACGCCGUUCGCGCCGUACUCCCCGCCGGAUAUUAAGGGUAUUAAGUGGGUCGAUGACCUCGUGCCCUUCAUAGAGAGGAAGUUGUACACCGUCAAUACUGGUCACGCUGCCGCAGCGUACCACGGGUAUUACCACAAGAAACAAACCGUCUUCGACGCCAUGCAGGACCCCCGCAUCGUGAAGCAGGUGCGUCGCGCGCUGGCGGAGACGAGUAGUCUGAUCGUCGGCAAACACGGCAUCGGAGCCGAAGAGCAGAGCGAGUACGUCGAGCGCAUCCUGCUACGCAUCUCGAAUCCCCACCUUGAGGACUCGGUUGAGCGCGUCGGCCGCGACCCGCUCCGUAAGCUGAGCCGCAAGGAGCGCUUCAUCGGCCCGGCUACCGAGUUGGCGGAGAUGGGGCGCGAGUAUUCCGCCCUGUUGCUGGCGGCGGAAAUGACCUUCCGAUUCCAGAAUGUACCGGAUGAUAAGGAGAGUGAGGAGCUCGCGAGGCUGAUGGAUAGCACGAAGGACGCUAAGGAGAUUGUCGAGGAGGUGUGUGAUGUUGAGCGUACGCAUCCGCUGUUUGAUGAUUUGGUCAAGAUUGUCGAGCGUGUGCAGGGCGAGGCGGUAUAGAUGGAUGGGUUUACCUCGUGCAUUUUUUGGUGGUUUUAAAAGGGCUCUGCUGCGUUUUCUAGGCGCAAUUAGUGGAGGGGGGGAAAGGGUUAUAGGCGCUGUUUUUCUUUGCGAUUCCCGGCUUCGGAUAAAGCCACUCAUUUGUUAUGUUUAGAAGAAGCGUUGUCUUGAUGGCAAUUGCGAAUAUGAAUCUGUAUGAAUAUAUGAUAUACUCGAACAAACAACCAAGAUCACUUUUCAAGUACGUGUGUUUCGUAACUACGUUGGAAGCCGCCAGAGGGGCAGUUAUGUUCGAGGCAAUCAGGAGAACGGUUGCCGCUCUGGAUAAUGCAAAUGAUGAGCUUUUGGAGCCCUGGAGCAGAAUGCCUCGUUCGCUUGCGGAAGCUGGUGUGCUGUCAUCAUAGUAGCUGCUGUCAUCGUAGCCGCUGUCGUCAGUAGUAUAUGCUG